UCCAAGAGGUGGAGGUGGCACCUCCUCAGGCAAUGGAAGUCAGAAUGAAGAUCCUCUUCACUUCACUCUGCCACACUGACGUUUACUUCUGGGAAGCUAAAGGACAAGAACCUGUGUUUCCUCGGAUCUUCGGCCAUGAAGCCGCAGGGAUCGUGGAGAGUGUUGGAGAAGGCGUCACUGAUCUGGCACCCGGAGACCAUGUCCUCCCCGUUUUCACAGGAGAAUGCAAGGAGUGUAUCCACUGCUUGUCUGCAGAAAGCAACAUGUGCACUCUCCUGAGGAUAGACACCGACAGGGGAGUGAUGCUCGCCGAUGGUCAGUCACGGUUCUCGAUCAAUGGCCAGCCCAUUUACCAUUUCCUCGGAACAUCGACGUUCAGCGAGUACACCGUCGUUCAUUCGGGAUGUGUUGCCAAGAUCAAUCCUCUGGCACCUCUGGACAAAGUCUGCAUUCUUAGCUGUGGGUUUUGCACAGGGUUUGGCGCGACUGUUAAUGUCGCUAAACCACCCAAGGGAUCGACUGUGGCUGUUUUCGGGCUGGGUGCUGUUGGCCUCUCAGCUGCUGAAGGUGCUAGAUAUUCAGGGGCUUCGAGGGUCAUUGGUGUCGAUAUCAACCCUAACCGAUUUGAAGAAGCCAAGAAGUUUGGAGUCACUGAGUUUGUGAACCCCAAAGAUUAUGACAAGCCUGUUCAAGAGGUAAUUGCUGAAAUAACCAAUGGUGGAGUGGACCGGAGCAUCGAAUGCACCGGAAACGUAAAUGCGAUGAUAUCUGCAUUCGAAUGCGUUCACGAUGGAUGGGGUGUUGCUGUGCUGGUUGGAGUCCCUCACAAGGAUGCUGUCUUCAAGACUCACCCUGUUAAUUUCUUGAGUGAAAGAACCCUGAAGGGAACUUUCUACGGCAACUUUAAACCAAGAACUGAUCUGCCUGGAGUAGUGGAGAAAUACUUGAACAAGGUAUGCAUAUUUAAUUUCAGCUCAUGUUUUGAUCGUAAUAGUCUACUUCUAAUGUGAACGAUUAGCUAGCUAGCGAGCAUAAUUUUCAAUCCUUCAGGAGAUUGAGUUGGAGAAAUUCAUCACUCAUGAAGUUAGCUUCUCCGACAUCAACAAGGCAUUUGACUACAUGCUGCAAGGGGACAGCCUGAGGUGCAUCAUCCGCAUGGAUGAUUAAGAGAUGCCUUUUCUUUUAUCA